CAUUACAUAAACUCAUCUUCUCCUUCUCGGUUAGUUGCCUUUUCUUAUCUUCAACAAGGCUUGCCCCUUGUCUCAUUCUCUUUAUAUAAAUGAAAGUGGUUAUUAUUGCAAUCUUGCUUUCAGCUUUGUUAAUGAUAUGGGUGUGGAGAAUGGUAAAUUGGAUAUGGAUUAGACCAAGAAAACUAGAGAAGUUCUUUAGGAAGCAAGGGCUGAAUGGACAUACUUACAGAAUACUAUAUGGAGAUACAAAGGAGAUGGCUGAGUUGACCAAACAAGCAAAGCUUAAACCAAUUAAGCUAACUGAUGAUAUUCUUCCUCGAGUCCUCCCUUUCCACCAUCACACUCUCAAUAAGUAUGGUAACUACUGUUUCGCAUGGAUCGGUCCAGAACCAAGAAUUUUCGUAAUGGAACCAGAAUUAAUAAAGGAAAUAGUAACGACCAAUAACAUCUUUAAAAAACCAAAACCAGCGCCACUUGUCCAGCUACUUGUUAGUGGCAUCACAAGUUAUGAGGAUCAGAAAUGGGCUAAGCACAGAAAAAUUCUUAAUACAGCAUUUUAUGCCGAGAAGUUGAAGUGUAUGGUGCCAGCAAUGCACAAAAGCUGUGACGAUAUGGUCAACAAAUGGGAAAUUCUACUUUCCAAAAACAAAUCAUGCGAAAUAGACGUGCAUCCAUAUUUUGAAGAUUUAACGAGUAAUGUGAUAUCAAGAACAGCAUUUGGAAGUAGCUAUGCUGAAGGAACAAGAAUAUUUCAUCUUCAAAAAGAACUUGCUGAACUGACCCGCCAAGCUUUCCAAUCUGUUUACAUUCCUGGGUGGAGGUUUUUACCAACAAGAACAAAUAGAAGAAUGAAAGCAAUUGACAAUGAACUCAAAGAUACACUAAGGAAGAUUGUCAACAAGAGAGAAAGAUCCAUGAAUUUGGGAGAAGCAAAUGAUCAUCAGGAGGACUUGUUGGGAAUUUUGCUAAGGUCCAAUUUGAAGGAAAUCCAAGAACAUGGGAGCAAAUUUGGUAUGACAACAGAUGAGGUGUUAGAAGAAUGCAAAGUUUUCUAUUUUGCUGGCCAAGAGAGCUCUUCAAACCUGCUAGUUUGGACUAUGGUUUUAUUAAGUGUGCACCAAAAUUGGCAAGCUCGUGCUAGAGAAGAAAUUCAACAAGUCUUCCAGAACAAUAAACUAGAUUUUGAAGGGUUAAAUCGUCUCAAAAUUGUUACUAUGAUUCUGAAUGAGGUACUAAGGUUAUAUCCACCUGCCCCAUACUUCAUACGAAAAGCAAACCACGAGACAAAGCUAGGAAAAAUGAAUAUUCCUCCUGAAGUAAACUUGGUGAUACCAACAAUUUUUGUUCAUCAUAAUAAAGAACUAUGGGGUGAUGAUGUUAAAGAAUUCAAGCCAGAGAGAUUUUCUGAAGGAAUUGCAAAAGCAACAAAGAACAGACUUUGUUUCUUGCCUUUCAGUUGGGGUCCUCGUAUUUGCAUUGGCAACAAUUUUGCAUUGAUGGAAACUAAGAUUGCCUUAGCUAUGAUCCUUCAACGUUUUGCUUUUGAACUUUCUCCAUCUUACACUCAUGCACCUACUUUUGUGGUCACUCUUCGACCUCAAUGUGGUGCUCACUUAAUCUUGAGAAAGUUAUAGGUUCUGUUGCUCAGAUUCUUCAAGAAUGUUGUCGUAUUUUUAUUGGAUCCUUCAAAAAUACACCUACCCAUCCACACUUUUAAAGAGUCUGAGCGACAUAGGUUAUAGGUCAUGCAUUCUUGAUUUAUCCUUUCGAGCAGUGGAUCAACUACUGAUACUUAUAUCAGGGUAAAUUAACUACCUACGUUAUAUCCCUUUGAAGACCCUUCGGGGAUCCUAUGUGAACAUAAGAUGUUUUGUAUAUCAGACUGCCUUUUUUUGGGCCUACUAAACCCUUUCACUAUUAUUCUCCAUCUUUCAUGUUGUAAACUUCUUUUCCUUUAUUUGAUUUUCAUUGGAUGUCUUUCGCAAUCCAUUUUAAAGUAAU